AUGACCACAGUACUUGUCAUCGGCGCCUCUGGCAAGGUAGGCUCUCAAGUUGUUAAGGAGCUCGAUGCAAAUCACGAAGGCAUCCACGUACGUUUAGCGACAAGCCGGGCCGAAACCGCUGAACAAUGGCGCCAACAAGGACGACAAGCCGUCAUCCUCAAUCUCGACAACCCAAACACCCUACAGUUCGCAUUGCAAGGUAUCGACAGGCUCUUUAUGGUUACUGGCUACACGGCAGACAUAUUGUACCAAAGCAAGAUGCUCAUCGACGCGGUCGCAGCCGCUGGUGUUGAGUUUGUGGUUCACCUUGGUGUCUAUAGUUCAGGCCGGGACCACAUUCCGCAUUUUAGCUGGCACGAUAUGGUCGAAACCUACAUUAAAGCUUCUGGAAUGGCUUAG